CCGGGGCGGAGGAUUUUUGGGACGGGCUGCCGUUAACGUCCGUGACGUACGUGGGUCUGCUGCCGGGGUUCGAACCACUCGUUUUCACCUCAGGAACUCGCCGAACCUUCUGUCGGACUCGUCCAGAGCCGCGUGGGGUUCCGACCCAUGAUGGAGCGGAAGCGGUCAGACUGUCCGGCUCUGCCGCCCGGCUGGAAGAGAGAGGAGGUGAUCCGGAAGUCCGGACUGAGCGCCGGAAAAAGCGACGUCUACUACUACAGUCCAAAGGGGAAGAAGUUCCGGAGUAAGCCUCAGCUAUCCCGUUACCUUGGAAACGCCGUAGACUUGGCGUCUUUUGACUUCCGUACAGGGAAGAUGAUGCCCGGAAAGCUGCAGAAGAACAAACAGAAGUUCAGACAUGACGCGCUCAGCCUGGCCAAGGGUGGUAAACCAGACCUGAACACGGCUCUGCCCAUCAGACAGACAGCCUCCAUCUUUAAACAGCCUGUUACCAAAGUGACGAGUCACCCUGGCAACAAGGUGAAGACAGACCUGCAGAGAGCCGUGGAGCAGCCCCGACAGUUGUUCUGGGAGAAGCGUUUAAAAGGCCUGAGGUCUUCAGAUGUCACGGAGCAGGUCCUCCGGACCAUGGACCUGCCCAAAGGCCUGCAGGGCAUUGGUCCGGACUCCAGCGACGACACUCUGCUCUCGGCCAUCGCCAGCGCUCUGCACAUGAGCUCCACUCCAGUCACAGGCCAGACAUCUGUCGCCGCCGAAAAGAACCCAGCCGUGUGGCUGAACACGUCGCAGCCGCUCUGCAAGGCCUUCACAGUCACCGACGAGCAGAUCCGAGAGCAGGAGAGGAAGGUGUACCAGGCCCGCAAGAGCCUGGAGGAUGCGCUGAUGGCCGACGGGCUGGCACGGGCCUCCGAGAGCGCCCGAAGACUGCUGGAAGGGAAGACGGCCUGAAGACGGACAGAGCUCAUCUGUCCACCAGCCUCAGGGUUCCCACCAGACUACAGACCAAAACCAGACCACCCACAGACCCAAACACCA